UGGGCGGCGGCGGCCUGAAGCCGGAGGGGAGGAGACACAGCGGCGGCGAUGCUGGAGACACUGCGCGAGCGGCUGCUGAGCGUGCAGCAGGAUUUCACCUCCGGGCUGAAGACUUUAAGUGACAAGUCAAGAGAAGCUAAAGUAAAGAGCAAACCAAGGACUGUUCCAUAUUUGCCAAAGUACUCUGCUGGACUAGAAUUACUUAGCAGGUAUGAAGAUACAUGGGCUGCACUUCACAGAAGAGCCAAGGAAUGUGCAAGUGCUGGAGAGCUGGUGGACAGCGAGGUGGUGAUGCUCUCCGCACACUGGGAGAAAAAGAAGACGAGCCUCAUCGAGUUACAGGAGCAGCUACAGCAGCUUCCAGGUUUAAUAGCAGAUUUAGAAUCCAUGACCGCCAAUCUGAGUGACCUACUUUGCAAAUACUGUUCUCCUCAUCCCGAAGAAUUUGUGAAUUCUUCGAUAACGAAGUGCUGUAAGAGAGUGACAGCUCAUUUAGAGGCUAGCUUUGAGGAAGUAGAAAACCACCUGCUGAAUCUGGAGGAUUUAUGUGGACAGUGUGAAUUAGAAAGAUACAAACAUAUGCAGUCCCGACAAUUGGAAAAUUACAAGAAAAAGAAGAGGAAGGAACUUGAAACCUUCAAAGCUGAACUCGAUGCCGAGCACGCCCAGAAGGUCCUGGAAAUGGAGCACACCCAGCAGACGAAGCUGAAGGAGCGGCAGAAGUUUUUUGAGGAGGCCUUCCAGCAAGACAUGGAGCAGUACCUGUCCACGGGCUACCUGCAGAUAGCUGAGAGGCGAGAGCCCAUGGGCAGCAUGUCGUCCAUGGAGGUGAACAUCGACAUGCUGGAGCAGAUGGACCUGAUGGACGUGUGUGACCAGGAGGCCCUGGACGUCUUCCUGAACUCGGGCAGCGAAGACAACACUGUGCUGUCUCCGGCCGCAGGGCCCGAGGCAGGCGGCGAGCGGCUUGAAGUCACCCUCCGGGUUCCCAGCCCCUCUGCGUCGCCAGCAGAGCCGCCGUCCUCGCCGUCCGUGUGUGCAGAGCUGUCCCCCGGCGAUGGCGGGGAGUCCCCCGUCGUCCAGUCCGACGAGGAGGGAGUGGAGGUGGACACGGCCCUCGCCACCCUGCACACCGACGACAGUGACGACUCGUAGGUGCACGCGCCCCGCCCUCGGGGCAGGUGCUUUGCUCGAGGCUCCCGGUCUUGACUCUGUUGCCGCCGGCGUGCGAGGCCUUGACUGUACGAAGCGCUGACAAUAAAGCUUGCGGACCUCACA